AUGCGCGACCAGCACAACCAGGAGUUCGUCUGCAGGUACGUGGUCGUGGCGACCGGCCUGGGCGUCCCCAAUUCGCCGUCCUUCCCCGGCUCGGAGCUCGUCGAAGGAUACGAGGACGUCUCGACGGACCCACGCGUUUUCGAGGGCAAGAAUGUCCUCAUCCUCGGCAGAGGCAACGCCGCCUUCGAGACGGCCGACGCCAUCUACGGCAACACCAACAUGGUCCACAUGGUGUCUCGCUCCCGGGCGAGGCUCUCGUGGAACACGCACUACGUGGGAGACCUCAGGGCCAUAAACAACGGGCUCCUGGACACGUACCAGUUGAAGUCACUGGACGGCCUGCUUGAGGCGGGCGUGGAGGACAUGGCGCUUGAGCGACGCGCCGGCCGCAUCUACGUGCAGUUCCCAUGGGAGGCCGACUCGCUCAGGCAGAUCCAGGCCAAGAAAGAGCGCGGCGAGGAGAUCCCGACCGAGAACGACUUUGAUAACUUCUCACUGCGCGAAGGCUACGACUACGUCAUCCGCUGCCUCGGUUUCAAAUUCGACUUCUCCAUUUUCAACAACUCGUCUAUGCCGAGCAAGUCCAUCAAGAAGACCAAGUACCCGGCUAUCAAGUUCUCAUACGAGGCCGACCGCAUCCCAGGCCUCUACUUCGCCGGGACGGUUGCGCACUCGCUUGACUACCGCAAAUCUGCCGGGGGAUUCAUCCACGGAUUCCGAUACACUGUGCGCGUGUUGCAUCGGCUGCUGGAGUGGCGCCACGAAGGCCAGCGGUGGCCCGUGACCUCUUACUCGACCCGUGACCUCCUGAACGUCCUUGUCAAGCGAAUCAACGAGGCGUCGGCGCCAUACCAGAUGUUCGGCGAACUGGCCGAUGUCAUCCUCCUGAGAGAAGGUGGUCGGAGGUUCGAGUACCUGGAGGAUUUCCCGGUGCACCUGCUGGCGCGCCUGGAGGCAGUGACAGGGCGCGAUGCCGGGCCGCUGGUGGUGGUCCUCAUGGAGUACGGCCCGGACUUCUCGGGUCCGGACAAGGACACCUUCCGCGUGGACCGGGCCACAGGGGACCCCCUGGAGGCACACCGCUCCAACUUUCUCCACCCUGUCUUUUACUACUUCAGGAGACUCCCAACAGAAUCGGAAAUGCUUCACAAAAUGGGCAAGUCGGCGCUGCCGAAGCCGGAGCGAGUGCACCACGUGCUCGAGGAUUUCCUGACGGUGUGGACGGCGCAGCAGAGCCACAUCCUGCCUCUGCGUCGUUUUCUUGAGUACGUCAUCGGCAGAGACCUUCGCCAUCACAACGCACACGUGUGUCUCUCGCACUCCUUCACCAACGGGCGCCCACCGCCUCUGUGUCCCCACGGAGGCAGCGUGGGGGGCUGGGCCAUUCACCCAGUCGCGCCCACGCCCACAGGCCAGCUCCAGGGCGUCGCCAGGCCAGCACGCCCAGCCAACUACACGCUGUGGAGCCGGCCUUCGGUGCGCGCCACGCCGCCCGCGCCGCUAGCCGCCGCAGCCACCUCGUGAGCGCCGCGCCUCCAGCCGAGCCCGGCGUCGCCCGGCCCUCGGCGACCUCACGUUGCAUGUACAUACAAAUAAACUCAGUGAGUUCAGCAUUCUCGGAAAAUAACGAACUGGCAAGGCGACUUCCAAUGAACUCCAAAGUAUCUCUGAUUUUUCUCAGAGCAGAUUCACACAAACGCAUAUGUCUAUGCGAAUGCCUAUAUUCACAUGUGCAUGUAUAUUCGUACACAAUGCACGACAAAAGCCAUCGAUUACUUUCAAAAAUCAGAAAAAUUGUUUCGGUGAUCUGAAACCUCUAGGAAAAUGACCAGAGGCUGUCACGAAAGCCUAUGAAUCAUGCAUCGUUUUUCACAGAAAGCAGUCUUACGAACCUGAGAUUAGAGAAGUAGAUGCCUUACUUAUCUCUAGUUUUCUUUCCUAACGUCUGACACCAGAAUUCGGAUGUUCUGGUCUGUUUUGAGUCUCAAACGUUAUAUUUUGUUUUGUCUUCCAGAUAUCAUUUAUAAUACGUUGUGUAAUAUUUACAGAAUACGUUACACAGUAAUAGCCAUUCAUUUUACAGCUGAGAAAAAAACUGCCUCAUAGCAAGUUAUGUUUCAGAUAUUGACAGGAAAUAUUUUUUUAUGAAAUAUAAGAAUUUAUUCCCUGUGCUUUUGAAAGAGACAUGGUCCAUGUGUCCAUGAUUUUAAUUAUCACACAAUCAUGAUAGAUUCAGACUAAAUUUUACAAGACACAAAGGCUACACAGUACAUUGUAUCUUAAAAACAAAUAUUCAUCUAUGUUUUCCGGCGUGGGACAGAACUCAAGGCUCUCAUAAGUAUAGUAUUGGAAACUGAAUUACGUUCUUAUUUAUUCUGUAGGCCGUAAGGUGUCUAUCUGUACUUCUUUGUAUUCAAGCGUGAUUUCAUAGUAUACAUUCCUCUCCGGAUGGCUGCUGGUGGGACUGUAUUCUUGUUUUGCAGGAAAUAUAUGAACACACACGCAGGCACAAACAUAUACACAUAAUCACACACAUAUACCUGUAUGCUCACGCACAUACACACCGCAGAAGCAAAAAAAAAGACGCAACCGCGCACAUGUACACAUUAUUAAUUUUGCCUUGAUUUAUGUUUUCACACAUGGGAUUUUAAUUGGGAUAUUUGAAGUACGUCCAAUCAAAAUUGUUUAAAAAAAAAACAAGAAAGCUUAUAUAAACACAUACCACAUAAUUAUCCGUUCAUGUAAAUAGGAAACAAAAGUUGCAUCUUGUUUCAUUUGCAUUCGAACAUUUUAUGAUUUUAUUUGUUUGUCUCCUUAUUUUCUCUUUCCUUUCUGUUUCUUUAGCAGUCUCCUGAAUUAAUGUCUCGAACAUCUGUUCACGGAGCCAUCCCAGACAGCGACUUUGAAAAGCAGCCCCAAAUAUGAUGAAGCAUAACUAGCACUAGAAUGGCGAUGAUGCACUCAUUUGACAAUCCUGGACAUCAGAUCUAUUGACGCCCUCACAAUGAACGAUGCCUGACGACUCAAGACGGAAGAUGCUUCCAGGCCAUCGCAGCCGGGAAGGGCCUGUCCAUGACCCGUUGCCUUCCGCCGCCGCCGCCGCUUCUGACAGCGAAUUGGUGUGGCAGGAUUGAUCUCAUAUAUACUUGUAAACACUUCCAGCAAUUAAACUGUCUUAUGCACGCUUAACUGAUAACGUAACGAAGACAAUAUGAAGCUUCCUUGUGAGUUUAACGACGGUGAGGAUUUAGGAGCUAUUUCACAGCAAAAUUUAUCCUUUUAUAAACAAAAAAAAUGGACAAGUUCAAAAAACCUUAUAUACUGCAAAUGUGCCUCCCUUUAAUCCCCAAUCAUAUGUGCUACUUUACUCAAGGUCUUUGUAAGUCUAUACACCUUGACUAUGCCUGCAGCCAGUCCACUGACCGUGACCCAGACGAAGAGCUAGUCAGGCAUACAGAAAGGACGAGUGGAAACAAAGCAAGACGGGAUGGAGAUAGAUAAAGGAAGAGAAAAAGCGAAGUGAAUUAUGGUGUUCCUGUGCUUCAUGCAUCUUCAGUGUAUCUUGUAAAUAUCAAGUAAAAAGGGUGCAUGUUCAAAGGUCUUCGUUCGAGGUUUCAUUGGUAUAUUUUUUCGAGAGCCGCCACCUUAGGUGAAAACGGGGUUACGUGAGACCUAAUGAAGAUGACAGAGUAGAAAGCACGGCGCAGUGUCCUUUGACGAUAUUUUCUGCGAAGAGGCGAGCGACAUUUCUGGGAUCGGAUUAUUAGCACUUACACGAAUCUCUCUCAAGUAAAAUUUAGAUUGCCAGAACAUGGCAAUCUGACUGAACAAUAAAAUUAUUUAUUCGUUAUCAAAUUUAUUUCUCUUCCUUGGUUUACUGUAUUCUCUCAAAAUACACAAAUAUACAUACGCAUGCACAUACUUUUUUUCUUAUUACUGAAUAAAGACAAGGUUGCCAUUAGUUUUUGGUCAUUGCUCUUCAAAUUGAUAUAUUUACAGUAACCUGUAAAAUCAGUAUCAAUUUGCCUCCGACUCAAACACUUUCUAUUCAGUGUGUGUGUGUGUGUACUCCUUUUUGCUCUCUUUCUUUAUCCAAAUUUCCUUCUUUCUGCGACUUCUCGUCUAAUAUAGAACUACAAGCAAUUUCCACUGCAAACUCAGUCUUGUGAAGCGCGUGUGACGCCCAGCCCACGAGAAGCCGAGGAACCCGCCUCCCUCCCUGUCGCCUCGGGACGACACGCAGGCCACGCGGCAACACCUUUUGAAAUCUGCUUGUGUAAAUUCCAUGAUACAUGUAUAUUUUGUCAAAGAUUCAAAU